AAAGCUUUCCAGAUGCACUGUAGGCCUUUCAUUUGUUUCUUUACACGAGUUUUUUAGUUUCUUAAUAACAGCCCUCUCCACUUUUUCUCAUCUUGUCUUCACAUGACGUCUUUUUUAAGUAACAAAGGUUUUGCAUGAUUCAGAGUUUGAAAUAAACACCAAAACAUUUAAUGUACCUCUGUCUGAUGAGACACUAAAGGCAAAAAUAAAUGAGUUCUGUGAUAUGUCUGAAACAGAAUGAAAAAGUUAAGCAGACUUUAUAUGUCAUAAUAUAUGAAACUGUUGAAGUAGAAAGACAUUCAUAGACAAAUGCUAUUAGGCCUUGUUCUUGGUUUAUUAGUACCACUGACUGCUGAUUUUGAUCUGAAGCACACAAUAUUAUUUAUUAAGGAUCAAAGGUUGUUAAUGUUAAUUGUGAUUUUGUGUAAGCAUUCCUUUGAAAGUCCUCCUGUAAGAAGAGCACUUUAUUGACUGUAAAUAUGAAACACUGAAGACAAUAUUCUAUUUAAAAUAAAUGAACUCAGAACAGAAUUUUCACAAGGAGGUACAAAUGAGUUUCUUUUACACAUUUCUACGCCCCACUUUUGUGCUUCAACAAAGGGGCCACAUUGUUGUCCAUUCCUGAAAAACAAAAGCCCAAAGAAAAGCUUAUCUGUAAUCCACUUAUGUAAGCUUCCCUGGAAUUUGUAAUUAGAUGUUCAGUUGAAAUGCUUGACAACGUCUUUUCAGUUUCACUCCAACAUCUACACAAAUGCAUGUCCGGAGCUACCACACAUAAAACAGGUUAAAGAUGCCCAUCAGAGGAAAUGCAACUUAUCUCAUCUUAUUAUCCAUCUUAUUGUUGUCAUGGAGAAUUUGUCAUGGGGGCAAGAUUUUGAUCGUUCCUUUAGAGGGAAGCCACUGGGUGAACAUGGACAUCAUGAUCAAAACCCUCCACUCUCAAGGACACACUGUUGAUGUGGUACGAACCAAUAAAAGCUGGUACAUCCAGGACAACUCACCGCACUACAAGACAAUCACAGUGCCCGUCACUGAAGCCUUUAAUCAUGACUUUAUUAACCCAAUCCUGAAAAAGAUCAUUGCUAUAGAGAGGGGAGAGAGCACAGUUCUGAGCUUUGCCAGUUUGCAGAUUGAGAUGUUUACUGCGAUGUUUAACAUGCAUCGAAUAAUAUGCAAAAUGGCUACUAACUUGUUUAAGGAUAAAGAGUUAAUGAAAAGUUUAAAAAAGACUAAGUAUGACCUGGUCCUUACUGACCCAGCAUGGGGUGCCGGUAUAAUGUUGUCUCAUGCUCUUAAAGUACCCCUGGUCUAUAACGUGCGCUGGAUAACUAGUGGAGAGGGGCAUUUGGCUGUUGCACCUUCUCCUUUAUCUUACAUCCCAAUGACCGGCUCAGGAUUGUCAGAUAAAAUGACUUUCAUACAAAGAGUCAAAAAUCUAAUUUUUUAUGGAAUUUGGCAAGCUCAAGAUGCACUUUUAAUCAGCCCUCAGUAUCAAGCUGUUUGUGAUCUUUUCUUCAGCCCACAAGUCAGAUAUAAUGACUUAUUGCAAGGAGCAGACAUCUGGCUCAUGAGGGUGGACUUUGUGUUUGAGUUUCCUCGUCCCACCAUGCCCAAUGCUGUCUAUAUAGGAGGAUUCCAGUGCCAACCGGCCAAACCUUUACCUGAACACCUGGAGGAGUUUGUUCAGAGUUCUGGAGAGCACGGAGUCAUCAUCAUGUCUCUGGGAACUUUUGUGAGUCAACUUCCAGCUGACAUAACAAAUGAGAUUGCAGCAGCUUUUGCCAAACUACCUCAGAAAGUCAUCUGGAGGCAUAAAGGCGACAGACCAGCCACUCUGGGAAACAACACUUUACUAGUGGACUGGAUGCCACAGAACGAUCUUUUAGGACAUCCCAAGACAAAACUAUUUGUGGCUCAUGGAGGAACAAAUGGUAUUCAAGAGGCUAUUUAUCACGGAGUCCCAGUGGUGGGCCUACCAGUGUUUUUUGACCAAUAUGACAACCUGCUGCGUCUGAAAGAGAGAGGAGCAGGUAGGAUUCUCACGUUAGCCCAAGUGGACAAAGACAACAACUUCCUGAAAGCCAUACAAGACGUACUCAGUGAACCCUCCUACAGGAUGAACAUGCAGAGACUCUCCAGGCUGCACAGAGAUCAGCCAGUGAAGCCGAUGGACAACGCCAUCUUCUGGAUAGAGUUUGUCAUGAGACACAAAGGAGCAGCUCACCUGAGAACAGAGUCCUAUAGAUUGCCCUGGUAUUCCUAUCACUCUGUGGAUGUGGUUCUGUCUUUUCUGGCCACUUUUGCAGGGAUUACUCUUCUCCCUCUUGUGGUUUUCAGAUGUGCAUGUCUUGAGAAGUGUUUGAAAAAAUAA